CACGAUGAGGCUCAAACUCUCACUUGUCUGUGUCGGUGUCCUGCUGUUGGUGGCCCUUACAGGGGUAAGCGGCAGAUGUGGAGGAGGAGGAAGAGGUAGACCAGGAGGUGGUAGACCGGGAGGAAGACCAUGUGGUGGAGGCGGAGGUCGCCCGGGUGGUAGACCAUGCGGGGGCGGUGGUAGACCCUCAGGUGGUAGACCAUGCGGGGGUGGUGGUAGACCCCCAGGUGGUAGACCAUGCGGGGGUGGUGGUAGACCCCCAGGUGGUAGACCAUGCGGGGGUGGUGGUAGACCCCCAGGUGGUAGACCAUGCGGAGGUGGAGGUCGCCCAGGUGGUAGACCCCCAGGUGGUAGACCAUGCGGUGGUGGAGGUCGCCCAGGUGGUAGACCCCCAGGUGGUAGACCAUGCGGUGGAGGUGGUAGACCCCCCUGUGGUAGACCUCAUCCGGGAGGUAGACCGUGCGGAGGAGGGGGAGGACGCCCGCCACCAGGAGGUAGACCGUGUGGGGGAGGUAUCCCGCCCCGCCCCCGACCUCAGCCUGCCACUGUCAGACCAACACCUUCAGUGUGCGGAACAAACCGACCACGCCCACCUCCGCCCAGACCACGCCCAACAAUGGUGGUAUGUCCGGGUCGACCUAUGCCCCCACCUACAAUUUCCGUGUGUGUACCGCCCCCACCACGCCCACCCCGACCACCCAGUCCAGGAGGCAGACCCAUCUCCCGACCCACAUGCUCUGGUGGUCUUUCCCAAAUUCACCAUCAGCAAAGAGGAAACACAGGUCAGCGUGGUGACUUUCUCCAACAAAAUCAAGAGAGCCUUCUGCUUCAACGCCUACUACAAUAUCGAGGCAAUGAAAGCUGCCAUUGACAAAAUCCCUUACACGAAAGGAGGUACCCAGACGGGCAAAGCCCUCAAGUAUGCCAAGGACCAGUCCUUCAAGAAGAAAUGUGGCUUCCGGCCUGACUCAGCCAAAGUGGUCAUCGUGCUGACAGAUGGAAAGUCCACUAAUCCCGAGCAAACCAAGACGCACGCCAAAAACCUGAAGAAGACCGGGGUCAAGAUCAUCAGUAUCGGUGUUGGUCAAGGUGUGACCAUGGAAGAGCUCAAGGUGAUCGCCUCCAACAACAACCUGGUGUUCAAGCCACGUGACUUUAACGAACUGGACCAGAAGCUGGACAAGAUCACCUCGACGACCUGCAUCACCGCCCAGUCAAGCGGUUUUUACUGGGGCAAACACAACGCCCAGUUUGGCAUGGUUCUGUUCUCCACCACGGUGGUCAAAGUGUAUACCUUCACUGUGUGGAAAAACCCCGGACAACUGCUCGCUUCCCGGCGUACAACCAGCUGUGUGCUGACCACUGUGCCUCCAACUACCAAUGUCUGGAAUCCGCGGGCGAGUUCCGCUGUAUUUGUAAGAAGGGAAACGUUUACGACACGAACAAAUACGCCUGUGUACCACUGCCUGGGUUCCGUGAGAAAUGCACCGCUGUGUGUAGCGCCAACCUCCAGUGUGUGAAAGCCCAAGGAGGCAAAAAGUGCCUCUGUCCACUCGGAUUUGUCUACAACAAAAAGACCAAGCACUGUACUCUAGGUGCCCCACCAGCCUUUAAAAAUUCUUCCAAAACUGAUGACGGCAAAGAUAUUCAGAAAGAUUUUGGAACAACAUCGAUAGUCUGGUGGUUAGACUACCGGACCCGUUAUCGUGAGACUGAAGUUCGGGAGUUCAAGCCUCAUUUCAGCCCGAGGCUGUGUCCACAGGAAUAG